AAAAAUACAGUUUUAUUGUAUUUAUUACAUGCUAUACUAGUACCUACUGCAAAAAAAAUUACUAAAGAUCAUAAUGGGAAGAAGUGUCAAAUAAAAUACUUAAUAAAAGAUUCUCAAAACAGCUUCAUGACAUUUAAAAAUUCUGUAGCUGAAAUUGAAGAACACAUUGUUAUGCGCCAGAAUGAAAAAAAUCCAAUUCAGCCAUUUAUUAUUAUUAUCUAUGAUAAAGUAAAGUCGGAUUGUUACAUGGAUGGUAUACAAGGUAAAAUAUCCGAUACUUUUACUUCGUCAGAUCCAAAAUACUAUGGCGCUGACUUUCAUAUGCCAGAGAAUCACGGGACUGCUAACAUAGUCGUAACGGAUUCAGAGGGAAAUACUGUCGUGUGCACCAGUACAUUAAACACAUUUUUUGGGUGUGGAUUCAUGUCCCCCAGCACUGGUAUCAUUUUUAAUAACCAAAUGAAUGAUUUUUCUUCUCCGGAGGUUGUAAACAACUAUGGAAUUCCGUCUUCGCCCGCCAAUUUUAUAGAACCAGGCAAACGACCAAUGUCUUCAAUGUGCCCAACUAUAAUUACUGACAAAAAUGGUGAUCUUGUUCUUGCCAUAGGAGGAGCAGGUGGAUCAAAAAUUACUAUUACAAUUGCCUAUGUUUUGGCCCUUAAACUAUGGUACAAUGUGACAUUGAAAGAAGCGAUAGACAAACCUAGAAUUUAUCACCAACUUGUUCCCAUGAAAGUUCUAUAUGAAUACGGAACGACAAAGGACGUUGUUCAAAAACUUAAAGAUAUUGGCCAUCCAGUGAUGAGAUUAAACAAUGUUGUUUCAGCAGCAACAGCUAUUGGGAAAUUAGCAUCAGGAAUGAUCGUAGCUAUGCCAGAUUUCCGGCGACCAGGAAAUUCGUGCGGAUAUUGAUACGAAAAAGCCCUUCUAAAUUAAUUUAUCUUUUUUUACAAACAUUAUUGUAUAUUAUGUAAAUGUCUUUAACAAUUAUUUAAAAGCUAUUGACCUAAACAGUGUAGUCAUUGAUUUUCUUAUUGUAUUUAAAUACAUAGUAUAAUAAUAU